CCUUUGCCACAGCUUACGACCUGAUAGCUACCCCAGUUGUCCCCCCCGGUGGUGACGUUGUUGCAUGCACUCACAGCACACCGGAGUUCAGCGUUCUCUUCAACGAAAGUCUUGCGUACGACGUGGUGAUCACCGCCCGCAAUCCCAUGGAUUCCACCACCGUCACCAAAUCGGUCGAAAUUCAGGAGAUGGUGUCAGGCUUCCUGGUGGUAGAUGGGAACUCGCAGGUCAAGGCUAACGAAGUGAAGCUGCUCAACGCAAGCUUCACAGCUGUGGGCACAAAGACCUGUGUGUACGUGGAUUUUGGAGACGGCGUCAAGAGGAUUUAUUCAGACUUCUUGCCGACUUGCACCCAUAUUGCCAGUUUCUCCUCAGUCGCUAUUGGAGAUAAACUACCUCUGUCCAGUGUGUACACAAUGCAGCAUGUCUACACCACCGAUGGCUUCUACACGGUUAGCGCAACUGCUCAGAACGAUCACUCUAGUGAGACACUGACUGUGUCUUUCAGCAUCACAGCCCUGGACUGUGGGAAGCCGGCCGUCGACAUACAUAACAGGUUGGUUUGAGCAGACGGAAACGUAAAGUUUCGAGAGACGGAGAUUUGUCGCAUUUUAUAUUUUAAAAAUCAUGAGGAAAAGUAAAAAACCCCAACUAGUCUCAGUUAUUGUGGAAACAUACAAUAAAGACAAAUUAACAGAAAAUGCUGUGCAAAGUAUGGAUGACAUGAGGAUAAGUUGCACCACGAAUUUUGACCUCACAAUAGUACUUAUGAGAGGAGAACAAAUAGAGAAGUGCUCCAAAUAGCAAGUUUUGAAAGAUUUAUAAUCGGAACCGUCAGAAAAAGACUGUUAAGAUUCUUUGGA